AUGUAUUGUUCUCUCAUAUUUAUUUGGGUUAUAAGUGGAAUUGUUUUCAAAGAAACUGAUGGCUACGUUGUUAAUGAAAAGGCAACUGCGAAUAAUCUGUUGGAACUCUUACGUCCAAUGCAGACCGAUCUACAUGUAAUUCGCCAAGAUAUACACGCUCAUCCAGAAACGGCAAUGAAAGAAAUACGUACUUCUGCUUUGAUAGCUAAUAAACUAAAACAAUGGGGCAUCAAUGUUACUGAAAACGUAGGUGAACUAGGUGUAGUGGGUACAUUGAAAAGCGAAGAGUCUGGAUACAGUUUCAUUGGUUUACGUGCUGAUAUGGAUGCUCUUGAAAUUAUAGAACAAAACAAUGUAUCGUACAUCUCUACAAGUCCUGGUGUCAUGCAUGCUUGUGGUCAUGACGGACAUGCGACAAUGUUGUUAGGCGCAGCCAAAUAUCUAUCAGAGCAUCGGAAUUCAUUUCGUGGAACUGUUCAUUUUAUCUUUCAACCAGCUGAAGAAAAAAGGAAUGGUGCUUUAGCGAUGAUUAAUGAUGGGCUUUUCGAUCGAUUUCCAAUGGAUUCAAUUUAUGGAUUACAUAAUGCUGCAGGUAUACCUGUUGGACAAUUUGGUACUCGCUCAGGUCCAUUCAUGGCAGCACCCGAUAUUUGGAACGUGACGUUUCGAGGUAGUGGUGGUCACGGUGCUACACCACACUUUGCUACCGAUGUGACUGUGCUAGCAGCACAGUUUAUUCUCUCAUUGCAAACUAUUAUUAGUCGAAANGAUCGAUUUCCAAUGGAUUCAAUUUAUGGAUUACAUAAUGCUGCAGGUAUACCUGUUGGACAAUUUGGUACUCGCUCAGGUCCAUUCAUGGCAGCACCCGAUAUUUGGAACGUGACGUUUCGAGGUAGUGGUGGUCACGGUGCUACACCACACUUUGCUACCGAUGUGACUGUGCUAGCAGCACAGUUUAUUCUCUCAUUGCAAACUAUUAUUAGUCGAAAUGUCGCACCGAUCGAUCCUGCGGUGAUUAGUGUCGGUGCUAUUCAAAGUGGCGCUUUUGGUUCGUUAAAUGUCUUACCAUCAGAAGUUCGUAUCGGUGGUAUUGCACGUAGUUACACAAAAGAGGUUCGCGAUACCAUCGAGCGACGCUUGCGAGAAUUGGCACAGGGUCUUGCUGCCAGUUUUCGGUGCACUACUGACAUAGUGUUUAGACGUGGAAGACCUCCACUGAUUAAUGAUGCUCAAGCUACACAGAAAGCGAUCAAAGCAGCUGGAGCUCUCGUGGGCGCUGAAAAUGUCGAUGGAAACGCAGCACCAAUCAUGAACUCAGAAGAUUUUGCUGAAUUUCUUCAGAGGAAACCAGGUGCAUUCAUUUUUAUGGGAAAUGGAAAUCAAAGUGGCGAACUUCAUUCGCCAACUUAUAACUUCAAUGAUGAGGCGACUAUUUUCGGAAUGGGAUAUUGGAUCAGUCUCGUGCAACAAGAACUUCACAAAUAA